UGUCCCGUCUAUCAAGACAGAGAACUUUAAUUUAACUGAAGCCGUGACCUAACAUCACCCAUAGUACAGCAGAGGAUGGGUGUAAUGUGAAGGGUAGUUGCUGAGGAGGACGCUAGAAAAGACAUUUAUCACCCCUUGGGGUGUCUGUGAUUACUCCUGGAGCCAUGGGAAGGCUGGUGUUUGAAGUUCCUCUGAUCCUGUUUGUUGUGAUGCUGAUGGGCACUGAGGCCAAAAAUUGUUUGUGCAAUGGAAAAUCAAGGUGCCACUGUGAAGGAGUAAAAGGCAGCAGGGGAGACAAAGGUUUUCCAGGACUUCUAGGUCCCCCAGGGUCAGAGGGCCAUCCAGGAAGAGAUGGUCAUCCUGGGCCUUCGGGACCAAAGGGCAACACUGGGCCCGAUGGACCUGCAGGACCAAAAGGCGAUCCGGGAUCUGAUGGCAAAGAAGGAUUUGCUGGGUCUCAUGGUUUACCGGGUGUUCCAGGUUUACAGGGGCCUCCAGGACCCUCAGGGGCCCACGGCUGCAAUGGAACAGAUGGAGAAGAUGGAUUCCCUGGUAUUCCCGGGGCUUCUGGCAUUGAUGGUUAUGCAGGUCCACCUGGCCUGCCUGGACCUAAGGGUGAAUCAUUGGUGUCACUAUAUGCAAUACCAGGCCCACCAGGGCCACCUGGGAGGGACGGAGAGCCGGGAAAUCCAGGUUUCCCUGGAGAGCAUGGACUACCAGGGGACCCCGGACCACGGGGCUCUGUUGGGUUUCUUGGCCGCCCUGGUGCUCUAGGAUCUAAGGGUCAAGAAGGCAUAGGAGGGUUCCCAGGACCCCGUGGACCACAGGGGAGAACUGGGCCACCAGGACCACCAGGGCAACCAGGUCGGAUCAAGGAGUUUUUGACAGGGAGUCUCAUAAUAAAGGGUGAAAAAGGAGACAAAGGAGAUGGAGGGGAGAAAGGCUGCAAGGGUCAACUUGGAGACCCUGGGUAUGACAUUUCCACUAAAGGACAAAAGGGAGACAAAGGACCGGACGGUCAAGAAGGGAAGUCAGGGAAGGAUGGUGAUCCUGGACAAUCAAUACGGGGGCGGCCUGGCCCCAGAGGUGAACCAGGAUAUCCAGGGGCACCAGGAUUGAGUGAAAAGGGAGAUAGAGGCCCCCCUGGUCCACCUGGAGAUAUAUUAGGGCCUGUGACUGAGCCACUCAAAGGAUACCCUGGAGACCCUGGUUUCCCAGGCUCACCUGGGCUCCCUGGGCGUCCAGGUGUGGUAGGAUUUCCAGGGCCUGAUGGACCUCCAGGCCAAUCUUCUGGGGUUUAUGUGCCAGGCCCACGUGGUCUCAUUGGCUUUCCAGGCCCCAAAGGGGACCCUGGGGAGCCUGGGGAUAUUUAUCCGGGACUACCAGGUGCAGAUGGGGAUGAUGGUGAUCCUGGGCCUCAUGGGGAUCCAGGCCCACCUGGACCUCCUGAAGACAGAACUAAUAGGAUUACCAAAGGUCUCCCAGGACCGAAGGGAAUGAGGGGUCCACCUGGACCUUUUGGAUAUGAUGGGACAUAUGGAAUGAAAGGAGAGAAGGGGGAACCCUGUUAUGACUGUAUUGGAUCAGGAAUCCUAGGACCACCGGGUCCCCGUGGCCCACCUGGCGUCCCUGGGUAUAACCAAGGACCAGGUGCUAAAGGUGAUUCAGGCUUCCCUGGACUUGAUGGUUUACCUGGAAGACCAGGUCCUGUUGGUGACAUGGGAUUUCCAGGCCCACCAGGACAAAAGGGAGACUCAUCUUCCUACAGAGUUCCAGGGACAAAGGGAGCGGAAGGCGACCCAGGACAGCCUGGUAGGCCAGGUGCAGAUGGUCUCCCUGGGUAUCCUGGGUCAGGAGGUCGCAAAGGAGAUAAAGGGCCUCCGGGGGAUUCGUAUCCCUCCACUGGUGCAGGGGGAGAUCGUGGUUUCCCAGGUCCUCCAGGGCCUUUGGGCAGACCCGGACCAGUUGGCUACCCCGGGCCAGUGGGAUAUGGGCUGUCUGGACUUCCAGGAAGUCCAGGAGAUGUUGGGGUACCUGGCCUGCCAGGGCAUCAUGGAAUCCCAGGCCAGAAAGGCGAACCUAGCCACAUCCAUGCAAUAGGACUUCCUGGACCACCUGGAUAUAAAGGUCAACCUGGUUCACAUGGAAGACCAGGUAAUCCAGGACAACCAGGUCUCCCAGGAACACCAGGUUUUCAAGGACAGAAAGGAGAAAGCGGUGAUGUGUCGUUUCCUGGAAGGCCAGGGAUCCCAGGACUGAAAGGUGACAAGGGGCAGCCAGGCCUUCCAGGCUUUCCAGGCAGGGGCUUUCCUGGUCGACCAGGUUCACAAGGCCUUCCUGGUCCUGCAGGAUUGAAGGGUGAUGGUGGCCCUGGAUAUCCUGGUCCCCCAGGACCCCCGGGUUCUCCAGGAGACGAUGGAACACAGGGGUUUAUAGGAGAGCCUGGGAUCCCUGGCCUACCUGGGAACCCAGGACUAAAUGGCAAUCCUGGUUUUCUAGGAGAAAAGGGAAGUAAAGGUUCUGUAGGGCCCCCAGGACUACCAGGUAAUAAAGAUGCAUGUAAAGGUGGUUUGCCUGGACCAAGGGGACCACAAGGACCAGAUGGUUAUCCAGGACUAUCAGGACCUAAUGGCUCCCCCGGUGAGAAGGGGGACCCAGGUUUGCCAGGGUUUGGUCGUGCUGGCAUCCGUGGUGAACCUGGUUUCAUUGGGCCAUCAGUGCCAGGUUCACUUGGGCUUCCUGGACAGAAAGGGAUCAAGGGACAAAACGGUGUGCCUGGUCUACCAGGACUGAGAGGAGACCCUGGACCAGACGGGUUACCAGGAUAUGGACCAGAUGGGUUGCCUGGACUUAUAGGACAACCAGGCCAGAUAGGUGACCAAGGCCCAGAUGGAGCCAGAGGUCCCCCGGGUCCCCCGGGUCCACCAGGCAUGAAUGGCGAGCCAGGAUCUAGGGGUCCCCCAGGCCUUACACCACCAAAUGAAUUUUUUGGGUCCCAAGGGGACCCUGGCAAUCCAGGUCACCCUGGUCUAAAUGGUGCCUAUGGAGAUACUGGAAAUAUUGGACCAAAAGGGCAAACAGGGUUACAUGGAGCACCAGGGGCUUCUGGACAAAGAGGCCCUCCAGGUGAUCCAGGUGUUGAUGGAUCAGUGCUCUUAGAAGGAAGUCGAGGACCUGCUGGCGCUCCAGGAGACCCAGGAGUCAGAGGACCUCCAGGCCCAAAGGGAAGUAGGGGAGAUGAAGGAAUCCCUGGAGUGCCAGGUCCAAAUGGAGCACCAGGUCCAACUGGAAACAAAGGAGUUAAUGGAGAGCCAAAUUACUAUGGAUAUGGAUCACCUGGACCAGUAGGACAAAAGGGUGAACCAGGAUUAACCAGUACUCAUGUAAUGAAGGGCCAGAAAGGUGAACCUGGUUAUAUUGGACCUCCUGGUUUAGCAGGAAACCGUGGAGCCAAGGGAAACCCCGGACCUGUUGGACAAAAUGGUUCACCAGGAUAUCAAGGGCCUAAAGGUUCAGAUGGGCCACCAGGAAGCAAAGGACUGCUAGGACCCAAUGGACCACCAGGUGACCCAGGUUGGCCAGGUGUAAAUGGUUAUGCUGGUCCUAAAGGCAACCAGGGACAGGAUGGGAUCCCUGGACCACCAGGGCAGAAAGGAGACACUAACAUAAUAGGAGGGGUACCUGGUAGGCGGGGUGACACAGGUCAACAAGGUCCCCCCGGGAACCCUGGUCCUCCUGGCUUAUCUGCUACGGGGGGUCCUGGACCAGUAGGAGACAGUGGAUUCCCAGGUUCACCUGGAGCCCCGGGUCCAAAAGGACUACCAGGAAGAGAAGGGCCUUGUGCUCCUGGGCCAAAAGGAGACCGUGGCCGUCCUGGCAAUCCUGGUAGCCCAGGCUAUCGCGGUUUACCUGGUCGUCCAGGUCCGACAGUACCUGGGUUAAAAGGAGACAGCGGGGACCCAGGUCCUACAGGAGCCCCAAGCUAUAGUGGACCCCAAGGAGAUCCAGGCCCUCAAGGACCACCUGGUCCAAGAGGAGGGCCUGGAGGCUCGGGACCAAGAGGUGAUUCUGGUCCUCCUGGAAGCCAUGGGCCCCCUGGUGCAAAGGGAGAUCCUGGAUACAUCCCAGGCCCUCCUGGUCCACCUGGGCCGAAAGGCUUUACUGGACGACCUGGGUUCAAAGGUCAACCAGCAUUUGGCAAGGUGAUAAAAGAACCAGGAGACCCUGGCUUACCUGGUCCCUCUGGUAAUCGAGGAGCCCCAGGAAGCACUGGACCAUCAGGACCACCAGGCCAACCAGGUCAGCCAGGCGUCAAGGGACAGCGUGGUUCCAGCCCAGACGGCCAGUCUGGAUUUACUGGCCGCAAAGGAGACAAAGGAAGAGCUGGAGAGACAGGUCCAGAUGGUGGUGUUGGAGACCCAGGCAAAAAGGGUCCUCCAGGGUUGCCAGGCAGUGGUGGUCCAGGUUAUGUUGACAGUUUCUUGAUAGCGAGACACAGUCAGAGCACCAGUGUCCCUGACUGCCCUCGUGGCGCCAGCCCCAUUUACUCUGGUUAUUCCUUCCUCUUCAUCAACGGAAAUGAGAGAGCUCAUGGCCAGGACCUCGGCACCACGGGAAGCUGUCUCCCUCGUUUCUCCACCAUGCCUUUCAUGUUCUGUGACACAGAAUCAAACUGCCGUUAUGCUUCUCGUAACGACUACUCCUACUGGUUGUCCACUGACACUCCAAUGCCCGCCAACAUGGUCUCCAUUACAGGGGAUCAACUGGCCUCCUACAUCAGCAGGUGCUCAGUCUGUGAAAUCACCUCCAAUGUCAUAGCCGUCCACAGCCAGACAACUCUGAUACCUCAAUGUCCCCAAGGCUGGGAGUCACUAUGGUCUGGAUACUCAUUUGUCAUGCAAACAGGUGCUGGAGCAGAGGGCUCCUCCCAGCCCCUGAUUUCUCCUGGCUCAUGUCUGGAAAGUUUCCGCCAAGUGCCCUUCAUCGAGUGUCACGGCAGGGGAACGUGUAACUACUACCCUGAUUCCUACAGCUACUGGCUGGCUUCCCUAGACUCCAACAGCAUGUUCAGUAAACCUGUUUCUCAGACAGUGAAGGGACCUUCUCUACAAAGUAUCAUCAGCCGUUGUCGAGUCUGCAGGAAGCAACCUGCAGUCCCGCCAGAUGAAAGACGUGGGGACAAUUGAAAAAUGUGAGAAAAUAAAGAUUCUUGGUAGUUGAUAAUGUAUGUAUAUCUGUUUUUUAAACUGGUGCUUUCAAGUUGCAAAUCGAUGUUUAUGAGACAAGCUAAUUGUCAAUCAUCUGUAAUGACAGGUGUUAUAUAAGCUCUGAUAACAAUGUACAUUAAAAUUAAUGACACAUAUAGUGAGUCAUUAUAUCUUAUAGAGGCUGUAGAGUGCCACCAGUGUAUAAUUACUCCGAUGAUACACUGCAGCCUCAAUAACAGCUAGUAAUAUCAGUGAUAAAGGUACUAUUAGUUGUAAUACUAGAAAUAUGCCCAAUUCAAUUUUUACAUGCUUUUUUUAACUCCAAGUUAUUCUGUUUUACUUUAAAUGCUUGACUUGCCUUGUCAGUGAAAUGCUGUAAUUAAGCCAUAUGUGACCUAUAUGAGCCAAGAUUGUGACAAUGUAAACUUUCAUUAUUGAUAAAAAAGGACAAUGACCA